CUUAAUUUGGAGCCAUGAAUGAGCACAACAAUACUCCCUCAUACUAUCUGGAGGGUGCAAGACGUGUAUAUAAAUCAGUGAAGCUUCUCAUUGACUUGAUUCAGCAGACCAAAAUCAUCUCUCAAAAUCCAAUUGAGUAGCAGCGAAGUUGCUUUUUGAAAAAAAAUCCACAAUGAAGACUUUUAUUCUUUCUCUGGCAACUGUUGCUGGCCUCAUGGCCCACCUUGCAGGCGCUCAAUUGACGAACAUGGUUCCGCCUCCUCCCUGUCUUUACCAGUGCCUCGAACCUUAUCUUGGGACGCCGGAAGCUUCAUCUAUCUGUGCUUCCGACAGCAAGAUCCCUACUUGCUGCGCCUCGGGUUGUUCUUAUAGAGACAUUAGCUAUGCAAAUGUAUAUUACAACGGCAUAUGCUCCUCUGGGAGCUUCGUUGAGUUUACGCCCAAUGGAACCACGACCAUCACAGUUCCCUUGCCUUCAGCCACAUCUUAAGCCUGAUCAGAUUUGUUGAGGGAACGAACGAGGCAGUCAACAAUCGAUUCGUACACUACGCUUCUGUGCAAUCGUUUGGUGGAACUCGGGUCAAAAGAUUGGAAAAUUGUUAAAUCAACUCAAGAGAAAUUUAUUAUAGUGUUAAGCUUUAAAAAAUUUGGAUAUAAAUUCGCAAUAGGCC